AUGGCCGGCUUUGAAAAGUGCUACGAUGUCCUGAGCCCAAUCAAACUGGCUCAUGUCGUGCUUCGGACCAACAAAUUUGAGGAAAUGGCAGAAUUCUACAAGAAAUUCCUCGGCGCCGGAGUCGAGUUCGAGAACGAAGACGCCUGCUUUCUCAGGUACGACGACGAGCACCACCGCCUCGGCAUUCUCAAGAUGAACGGUCUUCUGGACUCUGGCCGCACCGCCCCAGGCUUAGAGCAUAUUGCCUUUACCUUCUCCAGCCUGGCAGACCUUCUAAAAGUCUGGCAACAGCGAAAGGACCUCGGCGUGGAGCCCGUGUGGUGCGUCAAUCAUGGAGGCACCACCAGCAUGUACUACGAGGACCCGGAUGGAAACAAGCUCGAGAGCCAAGUUGACAACUUCGACGAUCCGGUCGAGCUGCAGGCGUUUAUCAAGUCUGACAAGUUUCGGACGAAUCCCGUCGGCACCGACUUUGACCCUCUCGAUCUCAUCAAACGCCUACAGUCGGGCGAGCCGGAAGAUUCCAUCAAGAUGCGCGUCGAGAGUGGUCCUCGCCGGUUUCCCAGAUACGUGGGGGAGAGGGUAUAA